ACAUUUCUUUCUUUCUUUCUUUCUUUCCUGUCUCAAGAGUUCUUGAGCUAUGGAUUCAUCCAUGAAUAUUGCUGCACUCUCUCUUUGCAUUAUGCUACUCAGCUCUGUUUCUCCUAAUGGAGCUAUUCCAACAACACUUGAUGGACCCUUCAAGCCUGUUACAGUCCCUCUUGACAAGAGUUUCAGGGGAAAUGCUGUAGACCUGCCAGGCACCGACCCUCGAGUGCAAAGAAUUGCUAAAGGUUUUGAACCUGAGCAAAUCUCAGUCUCCCUCUCCAGCACCCCUGACUCUGUUUGGAUCUCUUGGAUCACAGGGAAAUAUCAGAUUGGUGAGAAUAUAAAACCAUUGGAUCCGAAAACCGUGGCUAGUGUUGUUCAGUAUGGCAUUGCUAGAUCUCAGCUGGAAAAUGAAAGAAAAGGGUAUUCUCUCAUCUAUAAUCAACUCUACCCAUUUGAAGGCCUCCAGAAUUACACCUCAGGGAUUAUACAUCAUGUUCGUCUUAGAGGAUUACAACCUGAUACUCUAUAUCACUAUAAAUGUGGAGAUCCUUCCAUCUCUGCAAUGAGUGACAUACACUACUUCAGGACAAUGCCGGCUUCUAGUCCAAGUAGCUACCCGGCAAGGAUUGGAGUGGUUGGAGACUUGGGGCUUACUUAUAACACAACUUCCACAAUCCAUCACCUUAUGGCCAAUCAUCCUGAUCUUGUCCUGUUAAUUGGAGAUGCAACCUAUGCCGACUUGUAUCGUACCAAUGGAAUUGGUGCUGAUUGCUACUCCUGCUCAUUUGCAAAUACCCUCAUCCGUACAACUUAUCAGCCCCGCUGGGAUUACUGGGGAAGAUUUAUGGAGCCUCUAGUGUCUAGAGUCCCAUUAAUGAUGAUAGAAGGGAACCAUGAGAUAGAACAACAAGUUGGAAAUAAGACAUUUGCAGCUUACAGCGCUCGCUUUGCGUUUCCUUCCAAAGAGAGUGGAUCAUCAUCAACAUUCUAUUAUUCUUUCAAUGCAGGCGGCAUCCAUUUUGUGAUGCUUGGUUCAUAUGCUAACUAUGACAAAUACGGAGAUCAAUACAAGUGGCUGGAGAAUGACCUUGCCAAAGUUGACAGGACAGUGACUCCAUGGCUGGUGGCGACAUGGCAUGCUCCUUGGUAUAGCACCUACACGGCACAUUACAGAGAAGCAGAGUGUAUGAGGGUAGCAAUGGAAGAAUUACUUUACAAGAAUAGAGUAGACAUAGUUUUCAAUGGACAUGUUCAUGCCUAUGAGAGGUCAAACCGGGUAUACAACUACACAUUGGAUCCCUGUGGCCCUGUACACAUCACAGUUGGUGAUGGUGGUAACCGGGAGAAAAUGGCAAUUACACAUGCUGAUGAACCUGGAAAUUGUCCAGUGCCAUCUAGCACACCAGAUAAGUUCAUGGGUGGAUUUUGUGCAUUCAAUUUUACAUCAGGGCCAGCAGCAGGCAAAUUUUGCUGGGACAAGCAGCCUGACUAUAGUGCAUACAGAGAGAGUAGUUUUGGUCAUGGAAUUCUACAGGUGAAAAAUAAGACUCAUGCUCUAUGGACAUGGCACCGCAAUCAGGAUGCUUAUAACUCUAUUGGUGAUGUGAUAUACAUAGUAAGACAACCUGAGAGGUGUCCCAUUGAAUAAAAGCGUCUCCAUGAUGUAUGAGCAAGCACAGGAAGAGGAAUCAGCUGACGGCAGAGAAAAGAACCAAAAGUGACACUGAAAACUGUUGUUUGUAAUUGUUGAAGGAAUUGAGACCAAGUCUUUUAAUUUUAUUGUGACAGUUAUGUGUUAGUAGUUAUCUUUAUGUGGCAGUUUUCUUUAUGUGGCAGUUUUCUUUAUAUAAUUUUGUGAUUCACGCUUCAUGGUGUAGUAGUUUAUUUUACAGUUACUUAACUUCCUUAUGUUUUAGUAACUGUUAUGUUUGAGUUGCUGGUUUGCUUUGAAAAACAGUACACACGCUUUAUUUUAUGUUUAUGUUUGCUGUUAUAUACCAGAUAAAACUUAGUUUAUGUU